AUGUCUAGUCCUACAAAAGAAUUGACGGAGGCUAGGGAGGCUACACAAAACAAAAAUUAUGAACUCGCUGAGUCGAAAUACAAACACAUUAUUCUACACUCUGAUGAGACAACUGCGUCGGUUACCAAAAGGUUACAGGAACAGGAGGCAAGUAUUUUGGAAUUAGGAAAGAUCUAUCAAAUACAAGGUGACAAAAGUAAGCUUAAAAACUUAAUCACCGAAUCUAGGGUCGUAUUGGGUAACUUUGCUAAAUCCAAAACCGCAAAGAUUGUCAAAACGUUAAUCGAAGACUUUGAAAAGAUACCAGAUUCUCUAGAUUUACAAAUUGCAGCUACAAGGGAAAGUAUCCAGUGGUCAAUUGAUAGUAGAUUAACAUUUUUGAGACAAUCAUUACAAUUAAAGUUGUCGGCCUUGCUCUAUGAGAAGGGACAUUAUCAGGAGGCUUUGAAAAACAUCACUGAACUCUUGAGUGAAUACAAGAAACUUGAUGACAAAUCUUCAUUAGUUGAGGUCCAGUUGCUAGAAUCUAAAAUUUAUCUUGCAUUACGAAACUUACCUAAAUCUAAAGCUGCUUUGACUAGUGCGAGAACUUCCGCUAACUCUAUCUAUUGCCCUACUUUAUUACAAGCAGAACUUGAUUGCCAAAGUGGAAUAUUGAAUGCGGAAGACCAUGAUUAUAAGACUGCUUUUUCGUAUUUUUAUGAAUCGUUCGAAGGCUUCAAUUCUCAAGAUAACUCGCAAGCAAUUGUCGUAUUGAAGUAUAUGUUGUUGACCAAGGUCAUGCUCAACCUAGUCGAUGAUAUUAAUUCAAUUUUGAGUCAUAAAAAUGUCAAGAAAUAUCAAUCAAGAGAUAUUGACGCCAUGAAAUCCAUUGCAAAUGCUUAUAGUAAUCGAUCUUUAAAAGACUUCGAGAAUUCUUUAUCAACAUAUUCCUCGGAGUUAAAAUCAGAUCCAAUUAUCAAGAACCACUUCAAUGCCCUUUAUGAUAACUUGGUGGAACAAAACUUACUUAAAAUCAUCGAGUCUUAUAGCUGCGUUGAAUUAUCGCACAUAUCUAAAACUAUCGGUUUGAAUAUACAGCAAGUUGAGGGUAAACUCUCCCAGAUGAUCUUAGAUAAAGUAUUUUAUGGCGUAUUAGAUCAGGGCAAUGGUUGGCUCAUUAUUUAUGAUGAACCAAGAAAGGAUGCUGCAUAUGAUGCUUCCUUAGAGUUGGUGAAAAAUUUAUCAACUGCGGUAGACUUAUUAUAUGAAAAGGCUUCUUCUUUAAAUUAG